AUGUCGAAUCUCACCCACUCAAACGGCCAUGGCACUGGAUACGGCAAUCAGACACUUCUCGAAAAUCCCAACUUGUGCACCCUUGACACCUGUGACUUAUCUUUGGCAAGCUUCCUGUACAUCCCUACAUUACCAGGCAAUGUGCUCUUUGCAGCGAUAUUCGGGAUCUACCUCGUUGCACAAAUCUUCCUGGGUAUCAAGCAUAAGACAUGGGGCUACAUGGUUGCCAUGGUCAUGGGUCUGCUCCUCGAAGUCAUCGGUUACGUUGGCCGAGUCUUGCUUCACAAUGAUCCUUUCAAUGAUAACAACUUCCUCAUGUAUCUUGUCACUUUGACUAUUGCCCCAGCUCUGCUCAGCGCCUCGAUCUACCUCUGCCUCGCACGUAUCGUCAACAUCUACGGCGAGAACCUCUCACGCUUCAAACCUCGAACAUAUACACUUUUCUUCGUCACUUGCGAUGUCAUUUGUCUUGUUCUUCAAGCCCUUGGCGGCGGUAUCGCCAGUACAGCAGAUGAUACGAGUGGAAGUGAUCUUGGCAGGAAUAUCAUGAUGGCUGGUCUGGUAUUCCAGGUCGUCUCUCUCACACUCUUCUCUAUCGCUGCUACGGAUUUUGGAAUCAGAGUCCGGAAGCACCAAGGACAAUGGAACCCGCGGUACCUAACCAUUGUCAACACACUCCUGUUCAAGGCUUUCCUCAUCGGUCUGGCAGUCGCAACACUUACCAUCUUCAUCCGAAGCACCUAUCGAGUUGCAGAGCUAUCAGGAGGUUUCAACAGCCAUCUCUUCACGGACGACGAAGUGUCUUUCAUGAUUCUCGAAGGAGUAAUGAUCAUCAUCGCCUGUGGCUGCUUAACAAUACUGCAUCCAGCCGUAUGCUUCCAAGGCGUAUGGCACGAAGCCAACUUUGUGUUCCGCACAAGCAAGAACAGAGCUGAGAAGUUGAUGUACAACGAGACUGGAGAUGAGGAAUCUCAGAGAGGUGUUCAGAUGAACACCUUGACUGCACCAAAAUGA